GUGAAUUGAAAAAAUGGGCCGAUCUCCCUGUUGUGAUAAAAUGGGUCUUAAGAAAGGUCCCUGGUCUGCUCAAGAGGAUCAAAUUCUCGUUGAAUUCAUACGAAAAAAUGGCCAUGGAAAUUGGCGUGCGCUUCCUAAACAAGCAGGGCUUUUGAGAUGCGGUAAGAGCUGUCGUCUGCGAUGGGUUAAUUACCUUAGACCAGAUGUUAAACGAGGAAAGUUUAGUACAGAGGAGGAGGAAACUGUUAUUAGGCUUCACCAGCUUCUGGGCAACAGAUGGUCCACUAUUGCCUCGCACCUGCCUGGAAGAACAGACAACGAGAUAAAAAACGUGUGGAAUACCCACUUGAAAAAACGUCUUCUGCAAGGGGGAAUUGAUCCUGCAACAAGUUUAAAUUCAUCCAUGGAGGGGGACAGUUCGAUUUCAGCUUCAGUUGAUUCUGCCGCCACAUUCUGUAACUUGCCCGAUUCACAAAAUGCUUCAAAUCAUAUCUUUUCGCGUAUGAGUAGCAUAGGCAGUGAGAGUAGCACUGUGGAUUCGGCCUCAACAUUAGAUUGGCUUCAGUCCAAUGGUGUAAAUUCUUUUGAUGAUAGCAAGUUUAAGGAAUUACUUAUAGAUGAGACAUUUGUCUUGGGAAAUCAGAUUUUUGAAGAUGAGGAAAGUUGGUUGCCUAGGGAGAGCCAAUUUGCAACUUCAACGAGCACAUCUGAAGUAAUUUACGAGAACAGCUUAGACCUGAAAUCUCAGUAUUUCACUUCUACAUGUCUAGAAGAUGAUCUCUUGACUAGCAUGGAUUCCGAAAAUGCAAAUCUCCAUCCAUUCUGGAAUAUGGAGUUGGAGAUUAAUGAUGAGGAUUAUUGGUUAAACGUUUUGAGGCAAGCUGGGUCAUCACCCGUUUUGUAGCACGUUGCUCUCAACUUUCUCAUAUUGUGGAAUGAAUCGAGAGUUUAUUUGUCUAAAUCCUCAUGGUUUUUGUCAAGGCGCCCAAAUGCAAACUAGGGUAUUUUGCAGCACACGAACUAGGGGUUUAUGGAGAGAUUUUGUAGGAUUCAUCGAACACGCCAUGAAUCAAAUCUGUAUAUAUUAUAUGAAAUUCCUCUCGAAAUCUUAUGAUAAAUUGAUUGGUUUAAUGAUCAUGAUUAGAUUUAAGGGCUU